AUCUGGACCGUCCACAGAUGAUGGAACCCACUGAGACUGACCCAAUGCUAGGAAGUAAUGGAGAGAAUCAAAACUCGGAAAAAUUAUAGUAUAUAAAUUCAAAACCAACAUCUCCAAUCACCCUCUUGAAUGUGACUUCUCUCUCUGCGGCUCCUCCUAUUAGUUUGAUUCCCUACCAGGCUGCCAUUUCAUUUUCUAAAUCUCUCUCUCUCUCUCUCUCCACAUAAUCCACCACCCGAUUUCCUAGAACCCGUAUCAGAGCGAGCCCUCCUCUCCCGUUGCUGACAAUUCGCAAGGUCUGCACAAAACUUUGCAACUUUUAUAAAUAAAGCUUUUGCCAGCACAGAAGGUUUGGCUGGACUCCACAUGGGGAGGCACUCUUGCUGUUACAAGCAGAAGCUAAGGAAAGGCCUUUGGUCUCCUGAGGAAGAUGAGAAACUUCUGAAUUAUAUUACCAAGCAUGGACAUGGGUGUUGGAGCUCUGUCCCUAAACUUGCAGGUUUGCAAAGGUGUGGAAAGAGCUGCAGGUUGAGGUGGAUUAAUUACCUGAGACCUGAUUUGAAGAGAGGAGCAUUCUCUCAGCAGGAAGAGAAUCUGAUUAUUGAACUCCAUGCAGUUCUUGGCAACAGAUGGUCUCAGAUUGCAGCUCAGUUACCAGGAAGAACCGAUAAUGAGAUAAAAAACUUAUGGAAUUCAUGCCUUAAGAAGAAGCUCAGGCAAAGAGGCAUUGACCCCAACACUCACAAACGGCUCUCCGAGGUUGAGAUUGACAAAGAGAAGCUGCCCGCAACCAACAAAAUCAAUGAGAAAACCUCUGAUCAACUGAAUCUCAUCGAGGCAUCAAAUUCAAAGCCACCUCCAAUGCCUGCAGAUCGAUACCCAGUUGAUGUUUCUUCCACCUCCAAGGUCAACAACAGCAUUGGCAGCAACAAUACUAGUUUGAAAACCACCCAGGAAUUCUUCCUAGAUAGGUUUGGUGCUACUUCCCAUGAAAGCUCCAGCACCAGUUGCAGGCCUUCUGAUCUGGCGGGGUAUUUCCCUUUCCAGCAUUUGAAUUAUGGGCCCGAUAUCGGGCUCUCUGUAAAUACUUCUCUUUGCUUCAACCAAAAUUCCAGAUGCUCUGAGAUGAUUUCAGACUACAAUUCUAGUAUGGCUUCCACAAUGCUUCAUUCCAUCUCAAGCUCAAUUUAUCCAAGUGCAACACGUGUAAAACCUUCUGUAAGUCUUCCCUCCAAUAAUCGUUCCUUAGGCUCUGGUGGUGUCAAUGGGGUCCAGAACUGGGAAACCAGUACCUUCAGUACUAACAACGGCAGCAACAGCAAUGGAAGCAGUAGCAGUAUGGAAUUGCAAGGCAACAGUAACUUGUUUGAGAACCAUGCUUUCGCUUGGGGAGUGGCAGAUCAUGUAAAAUCUGAUAAAGAAGCCCAUGUCCAUCCCUUAGAAGCCGAUGCUGAAGACAUCAAAUGGUCCGAAUAUCUCCAUACGCCGUUUCUGUUGGGAACCACCCUACAGAAUCAAACCUCUCAGCCUAUUUGCAGUGACAUUAAACCAGAAACAGGCUUCACAACAGACGGCUCAAGUACCACUUGGCAUCAUAACCAGCAUCAACAACCUUUGCAAGCUUCGGACCUCCAGCAACUUGCUGUGACUUUUGGACAAACCCUUUAGUUUUGACUUGACAUGUUGAGAAGAGGCUUGGAAAAGGGUAUUUUCUGGUUACAGGUGUGUGCUAUAGAACUUUCUUUUGGUUUUGUAAAUGUGUCUAAUACAAAUCUUCCUAGCCUUUUUUUUUUUUUUUUUUCCCUUACAAUAUUUUUGUGAUUUGUUUGAGCUUAUGUUUAUGCCUUGUCGAUCCAUGAAACACAUAGAAUUACUAAAUAAGGCUUGUUGCAGGGUCUCUUCUGCUUAUAUCCUACAUUUAUUCUGGAUUCA